AAUGUAUUACAGUUAAAGUUAUUCCCACGUGUUUCAAGUCACUGUAACACGAGGAGUGAGUAAACAAACCAAAAACCGAUAGUUCAAUGUGCUGGCCAUCACCAUAGGGAAUAUAAAAGGAAGACGGCAAAGAAAAGCGGGAACGACUGGUGAAUUAUCAAGAUGUAUUCAGAGGAGGUAGAGAUUUUGAGUGGAAAUUAUUGAAACAAAAUAUGAAAGCAAGGAGAAAGGCAACACACAAAAAGGGGUGAUGGCAAUAACUAGAAAUACAUUAUUUUUAUAAAUGCUUGAGUGAAAAAUGCAAAUAUAGAUAAAAAAAAAGAAAAGUGAACAUUGAUAAACUAAGAAUCACAAAUUGAAGGAGUGAGAAAUCUUGAAGUGUCACAAUGGGUGAGAAUCAGAUAAAUAUGAGUGCAAGUAAACAAUUGGAAAACAAGAAAACAAAUAUGAAAAAGAAGAAGAAGCGUGCGAAGAAUAAGAACCAGAUCAUAAAGGUUCAAGGUAAAAACCAGGCAAAGGUUAAUGUUUGUAAGAAAAAUGAAAAAACUAGUACUAUUAAGAAAGUGAAUAGCUUAAAGGAGGCUGAGAAAAAUGAAACAGAAGAACAGUCAGGCAUAGAUAGUAAAGAAAAUAUGGAUCAAGAUACUCAGAAGUCCAGGAAACCAGUGAAACGGAAUAAAAGAAACUUGAAGCCUGCCCCAGAAAAGAUGGAACUCACCCCACUGCUGGACCAAGAAACUGAAGGGAGGAUGAGCCACAGGGAUGAACGAACCCUCUAUGUCCGCUUCCCUCCAUCCUUAACCCUGCAGGACAAGUCUUUCCUAGAGCCCCUGGUGCCUAGUGCUGUGGACAUCCGCUUCCCUCGCCUCUCUGCCACAAGCACUGCCAAAUAUUGUUACAUUGAAUUUGAAACAGAAGAGGAAGCCACAAGGAUAAAGGAAAGUUUGCCAAAUAUUAGGAUCAAGGGUGAAGCUUUCUAUGCAGAUUAUGUUGGCAAAAGAUCCAAAAUAUACUCAGAAAAGGAGCCCAGAAUAGUAGACCCAGUACGGUUGUAUGUUGGAGGCCUGCCAGCGGGGAUACCGGCAAAUCAUCUCAAGGCUACCUUCCCCACAGCAGCUCGAAUAUUGUACAAGAAACCCAGUCGUAGAGUCAUUUCAAGCCAUGCCUAUAUAAUUUUUGCAACACACAAAGAUGCCCUGAGAGCAUUUGAGUCAUCCAGUGAUCUGAAAAUUCUUGGGAAGGAAGUCAUUGUCAUGUUUGCCACCUACAAGAAAAAUACUUAUAAAAAUGAAGAGCAGUCCACCACUCCAGCUAAAAAACAAAAGACAGAAGAUGUGGAAAUGGAAGAAGGAAAUGAAUGAAGUGAGUCAAAAGUGCCAGAUGAGAGAUGAGAAGCAUGAUGGCAGACAAAUUGAAAUGGAUGCAGAAUAAUGGAAAAAAAGAAGUGAAAUGAGACACCUACUGAUUGAACAAAUACUGAAGAGUUCCACUGAUUAUUCAUUAUCAAAUCUCUGACUGUGAUCAUACACUGUAUGUAUCUAUAUGUAUAUGUAUGUAUCUGUAUCUUAAUACAUAUUUUUAUAAGGCCAAAUUAUCCUAUGAAAGAUGUAUGUAGGAAUAUGGUACAGUACACUAUUAUAAUAAUCUGAUAGCAGGACUGGCAAGAUUUUCAGAUUACUGCAAGGGUUAGGGAAAUCUUUCAGUAAUUUUGCUGGAGAAUGGCCAGCAUGAUUAACCAGAACCACCAAAUACUCUGCAUAUUUCUUUAAUCUGACACUGGGAUGACCAUGGCAGAAGUCCCUUCAUGUUAUCUGUACAACCAUUAUUGCUGCCCAACACAGUUCAGAAGAUAUUACAGUAAGGAAUGUCAAUACUUAGUACUAAAGUGCUUUUCUGGUGUCUUAAGUGAUCAAAUUUUGGCUAUCCAUUGUUGCCUCAUGAUAAAUAUGCUCCAAAAAUUAUGCUGUAAUCAAUUUUAUCAUUGUCAUCAUAUUAAAUGCAUUUUGAAUACUA